CGCGGUGCCGGGUCCAGCGUGAGGCAGCGCCCGGCGCGCGCCGCGAGCGGGGCGAGGAGGGAGAGCGGCCGCGGGAACGCGGCGGGCCGCGAGCCUCCCGACUGCCUGCCGGGGAGCGAGCCGCCAUGGCACCCCGAAUAAGACUGAGCAUUUCAAAGCCUCUCCCAACCAUACGUGAAGCCCAUGAGGAAGCACUGGAAGAUUUAACCAGCAACCCAAAACGCUUGGCCACCGUAAGCCAAACAUCAAAAACCUCGGCCAACUCAGACUCUUACUCCAGUGAAGACUACAUCCAAUCCAUCUGCCACCUUGCCAGACCCACUUUCCCAGGCCUUCCUGAAACUAGUCAUAGGGCUCAAGACAGAAAGAUCCUGAAGACCCUUGAAGACGUGUCAUGGUCCUCAAUGCUUGAGACCCAGUGGGGAGCAUCAAAAUAUAAAUUGACCAAUUUCAUCUCAAAUGUGAUGCCGCUAGGAAAAGUUAUGCCUGUCCCUGAUGGUGCAGAAACCAAACUCAUUUGCAGAGAUGACCCCUUGGCACAGAUGAUAUACACACGGGCAGGAAAGCUCUGCUACUCUACAGAUCCUUUAAGCAGUAAAAGCUCCAGCAGUGACUGCUCACUGUGUAAUUCUUCUAGACAUCUGGAUGCUGCAGGUAGUGAAAUUCGUCCUCCAAGCAUGAAAGGAAAAGCCACAGAGAAACUGCAUUUGCCACAAGUGUUUGGAUUCCCAAGGCUUCCCUCUCCAAGACCAGCGCAGAAAGAAGUGGUCUGCUCAGAGCUGAAAUGUCUCAGAAGGGAUGAUGGGGCAGUUUCGCGUGCUAACCAUGGUCAGAAAGAAAAUGGCACUAUGUUUAUUAACAGGGAAGAGAUAUUGCCAUGCUCUGCAAGAGGGAAGCAGCCAGGAAACAGGGUGUUACCUUGCUCUUUAAGAAAGCAAAGUAGCUUGUUCAAAAUAGCAAAUGCUGAUGAAAAGGAAGAGAGAGAGUCUCCUCUCUGUGACAAAAAUGUAAUGGGUGCUGUCCCUAAUAAGCAGCAAUACACUGAGUUCUUCCAGGUAGCUCAAAAACCCAUGGUCCAUAACUGGAUUUCAGAGCACAGAUGCAUCUGGAAAGAGGCAAAGUUAAAAGCUUGUUUGCUCCCAGCCAUUGCUGAAGUAUGAAAAAGUAGCUGCUCAGAAUGAUGUUAUUGGCACAAAAUAACACACACUGCUACCUAGAAGCUCUCCCUGCAGUCCUGUGCUGCUGGAGCAGCGAACACACCUUGAAUGUGCAUGCGAGUCAGGUAGGCGUUCGUGAUUAUCAUCUCUCUCAUCAAAUGGACGAUUCAGGCUCUCUGCCACUAAGGAAGGAGCAAUUAAUCUCAUUUUGGAAAGGCAGAAGCUUAUAAAGCAUCUCCCAACAGUACCUAUUGGAUAGAAGUGCCCUGACCAUGGAGAAAAGUUGAGGAGAAUACAAAACCCCAUCUGUUUUGGAGGAGAACUAAUCUGCAGGAACAUCAAAUUACUGGUGUUUUACAGCAAACGCCAAAGAGCCACCUUUUUCUCACGCUUGGGUACAGUUAUUUUGAAAGGAAUUAUCUGAAUGACACUUGCACAGCACUAAAUAUGUUCUCUCUGACAUAUACACACACACACACACUUAUCAAGAGCCACCUUAUAUGUCAUUGUGUCAACACCAUGAUGCCAUUGGGUAGGUCACCUGUCACAGCGGUUGCAUAAAGGAAUAUUUUAAAAAGUUUUAAGAAAUCUUUUAUGAGGAUUAGGUAGAGGGCAGUAUGGAAAAUAUUGAAAACUCCUUCAGGUAGGGAUUUUCCUCUUGCUUAUCCUAGCAGAGCUCUGUUACCUUCACUCCCAGAUUUACCCUAGGUGGGCAUCAGCAUGCCCGUGCUCAUCUUGUGUGGUAGCUGCCCUAGAUCAGGAAAAGAGUCACCUGUGAAAUCCUGGCCCUCUACUUUGUGUUAGUUUCUGCACUGUUACACUUCUUCUGCACAAACAAGGCUCAAUACCAGAGGGCACAUACCGAAUUUUACUUUUCAGGUGCAGGAAACCAGUGAGCUCGCCCAACAGCUCUGCAGCCUCAGGGCCACGGCAAAGCAAGCAGUUUUGCCUAUGCGGCAAUGCAUUGUCCCUUCAUAUCUUUUCUUGUGUCCUCGCAGCUACGUGACCAAGCUAAACAUGCCGCUUUCUUUUUUUAUUUUUGCUCAGCACUGUGAGACUGAAGCACGACAAAACUCAGUGCAAGUGCACAGUGUUACCACUUGACAGACAGUAAAUGAUCCAACUACAGCUGGAUCUCAACUACAACAUUAGAUGGGACAUCUGUAAGGCAGCAAGGUAUGCCGGUGCUGCUGUGAGGUCCCAGGGCAGUGUGGCCAUCGUCCCCUCACUGCUGCACUCAGGCUUUGCUGUCUAGAGAAGCAGUCACUCAUCCAGGGUUUCUCCUAAGACCAUCACAGUUUCACGUAUCUACACUUGGUACGGCGUUCUCCAUAGCCAGGGAAUAGAGCAGAUGCUGCAAAGCAAUACUAGUACAAUUAUUAUUACUGUGACUGUAAGUAAGUUUUUUGGCACAUGGGAAAGCAUGGAGAACAGGUUGCUUGUUCAACUGCAGCUAAGAUGGGCAAUACCUUGGCAGAGCAGCAAUUAUAAAAAUGCUCACAAGUGCUUUCUAAAACACCUCAGAGUAGAUUAAAUCAGAAGGCAACUUCUGCUCAGUGCCAAUAAGAUUGUAAAUAUGCUUGAAGAUCGAAAGGUGAACAUAUUUGAACUUCUCAUUCACACAUCUCAUCUCAAAAUUUUUUUUCCCGUUGAAACUCAUUAAUGCUUUGGAGCUGAACUGCUUCUCAUCUUAUUUUUUGAACUAACUACACAGCAAGAAUAAAAGUGAAGGUGGCUCUACCAUUUAUUAAAGCUGAUGGACAGAGUUCGAGAUGAACAAGAUGUCACAUUGGCUCAAGCUUCUACUCACGGGGAGGUGCCAGCCCACUCUGUUUCCUUCUCAUAUUUCCCUUCCUUCACAGGUGAACAUCAGGGUGGUUUGUCUGCUCUGCCCUGCUUAUGUUUUUAAUAUCUCUCCACGUGAAUAUUGAUGACACUGCAUUGCUUAGCAAGUCUUGUGCCAAAUGCAUGCUUUUGUCAGAGAAAACAAAUAAAACCAUUAUAUCCA